UCACACUUGCAAUUAUAUUAAUGAUUGAAUAAUUAAAUAGAGUUAUUAUCAUAAAUUAGAACUAAUGAUAAUCAUAACACUGUUAGUAUACUAUUAGUAUUUUGGUUGCUGUCUAAUUAUUUCUCUGGUGCAUCCUUCACAGUAUAUAUUGCGCAUAUUAUUUUAAAUAUCUUGAAAGCAUAAACCUAAUCCCCAUGCAAACAAAGAAAACUACAAUUCACACACAAAAGGAAAUGAGCCAUCGAAAUACAGUUAACUCGAGCAUCCAAAACAAAAGUCUUUGCCAAGCAUCACAAGUCACGAAUGUUUUUUUUAUUUUCAGCAUUGCUCUGUAACUGUUUCUGUCAAAGUAAUCUGAACAGUAAUAAGAUGUGUCACUAGGAUUUUUUUUCAUUUAUAGGCAAAAAAAAUAAAAGAAAUAGGCUAAAUGACUAUUAUACUGAUUAUAAGACUUGUGAUACUAAUUGAAGACAAUAAUCUGCUUGAAAUAGCAUUACAAUCCACUUAUUUACUAACCACUUCACAUUUUUGUAGAAUAAACAAAAAUUCAGCUCGUUUCACAGCUGUUAUUCUAUGGAAAACCCCAAGUGUGUGCAUGAUAAAAUAGCCUUUAAUCUAACACUUUUCAGGAAGAGCUGGGCUUUGUUUCAACGAGGCUAAAAGUGUUGGCACGGAUAACAACUCUCAGCAGUAUAAAUCUCAGCAAAAAGAUAAAUUGAACUGAAGUGUAGUUCACCUCUUCGUCCAGGUGGCGUUGCUGAGUCCACGCUGUAUGUGCUCCAGUGUCGCUUCCUUUAUUUAGCUGAGCUGGUAGAUAUAUUGCCGUCAAGCUUAUUUUACAUAAACCCAAACAGAAACACCAGCGGCGUGAACAAACUAGCAUUAGCAUGAUUAGCUAGUUAGCAACACGACGACACCGUUACAGAAAAGAGCAGCAGAGAGCGGGUUAAAGUGUCGCUUCUGUCCGAUUCCUCUGUGAACACCGAGUUAGUAACGUUACCGCUGUUAAUGUUUACAGGUGACCCAGUUCAACAUGGACGAGUCGGACACAGCAGCGAUCCUUCCCGGCGAUGUCCUCAGCGCAACAUCAACGGGCGACCAAAUGUCGAACUCAGUCGGCCGCAAAGAUGAGCCCGACGUACCGACCACCGGCUCUGUACGACCACCGUUUACAUGCUCGCUGCCGGUUUCAGUGGAGCCAGUGUUGUUCCUCUCCAUGUUUUCUCUGGCCCUGCAGGCGCCCCUGUCCACUCAGUAUCUGUGGGACCGCAUCAGCGAGGACCUCGGCUACAACGGCACCAAGAGGUCGGAGUGCAGCAAUGGCUCCGUGACCCCUGACCCCCUUCAGAAGGUAACGGUAGUCCAAUAUUACAUUCACAUCGCAGCAUGACUCCCAGUGUCACCAGUCUGCUGCUGCUGUUGGCAAA